AUACAUAUAUAAUAUUCCAUAUACAUAUCAUUUAGAAGGCUGUUUACAGCAAGACUUUUCAUUCCGCUUACUUUCACGAAAUUGUCGUCCAUGAUUGCCCGACCUGGUUCAAGCACAAAGAAAGAGAUUGAAAUUUAUCUCCAGUGCAGAUGGGGGGCCAUGCUGAAGAAACAGUGGGAAGAACCCGUGGCAAACGUAAUUCAGAACGAAGUCCAGCUCGAAAUCGGAGGAGUGGAUCUCGACAGAGGAAGCCACGACGAUCUCAAAGCAGGACCGCAGACAGGAAACGCGAGCGUUCAAAACCGGAAGCACAGUACGGUUUCGACCCCCAAAAAAAUAAGACCAAGAAGAAUGCACUCAACAACUUCCUGAGGCGCCUUGUCCGACCAAAACCAAACGAGCCUGCUUCAGCGAGCUUCAAGACCCUGGAGGUUGAAGGUGGGUGGCAAAGCACAAUGACACUAGACAGCCGUUGUUGUGCGAAGAUUUGGCCAAAGGAAGGUCCCACCAAGUGCUUCGUUGGUGAGAUUUGCGGAGCCAAGAAUGAGGCAGAGGAGUCUGCAAUGGAGAAAUUCUGGCAGGAUCCAGAUGUGCGGAAGACAGCCGCAACCCUUCCACCUUCAAACCGGCAGAAGGACAGAAUCAGGUCGGUGGCUCGCUACAAAGAUAAACAGAGAGCCAACAAUCAGCUGCGGCACCAUGCUCGCCUGGAACAGAGACGCGCAGAAAGCGGGCUGAGAUGAACUAAUUGAACCAAUCGAACUAGGCGAACUUGUUUCACCGCGCCGGCUGCGGCCAGGCUUUCGGUCUGAUCAAAUCCAUGGGCGGUUUUGGUCACGCAAAAGAUCAAUCAACAGUCGCAAUCUUGCAACCUUUUGCUGGUGCAGUGGAGAAUUAGAUGAGUAAGUGCAUGUAAGUCUGAGAAAACAACCAUUAGAUUGCCUGUAUCUUCCAUGACAGGUUUGCAACACCUUUGUAGAAGGACUCUGGGUUCUGAAUGGAAUCCAUCAGUUCUACAUUGAAUUGGACAUAUUUUUGGAGGGACUUUGGUUUCCGAGUGGAAUCCAUCAGUCUCCCAAAGCGCGGCGGGGCAAUACUGUGCGCCUGGUGGA